GAAAAUCCGAGCAGACUCGACCACACUUUUCCGCGACGACUUUUCUUCGAUACGCCAGCGUACGCGUCUCGAUCGACACACGCGGAAAAGUUUUGUUGUUUUUUCAGUGAUUUUCAAAGUUUCCCGGCGACCUAAAGAAAAUGUAAAACAGUGGAGAAGCCGCCGGCAAAUUCGCUAUGAACAGCCAAUACCAAUGGAAAAGAGAAUUGUUUCCCUCGAGGCAGCAAGAACUCUCCAAAGGGAAAUGGGGUAUGGAUUACGAACUCUUCCUACGACCAACGGAAGCAUGGAGAAAGCUUACUCCCCACGCAAAAGAAGCUGUAAUAACUCAGCAAGCACCCGAAAAUAAUGUUCACUCCCGAGUGGUUUAUCCGUACGCGAUAGCUGCCGGAGCAGCGAGCGGAUUCCUACUGCUUAUACUGCUGGCGGCUUACUACUUUACCAAGAAACGCAGGGAGAAGGUUUCCGAUGAAGAACAGACGUCGACGAGCAUUUUGGUUUAUCCUUCGACCCACGGAGGCAGUGUGCCGCAAUUUUUAACCAAAGAGAUCCACUUCAGUCUGCCUCCCCUUCGUAGUAAUUCCCUCGGUGAUUUGGAGUGUCAACAAGACCACCCUUAUGAUUCAGAUGUAGACACUGAUGCGCUUUUGAUACCCGGACAAGUACACAAUCACCGAAGUAAUUCGUUCAGCUGCUACGGUCUGGGCGUCAUAGAGCCUGCUCUAUACAGAAGCACGUUGGAUCUGGACGAAAUCCAGUGGCCGGAUGGACAUAUUGGCCGUAUUUGGUUCUCCCUUCGAUACGAGCCGUCCACAGAGAAAUUAUUGGUAUCACUACUGAAGGCCAAAAAUCUCCCUUCUCGCACUAUGGGCUCGGUGAACAAUUGCGACCCAUUUGUAAGAUUACAUCUGAUGCCAGACGAACGACGCUACUUACAAUCGAAGCAAAAAAAGAAGACCUGCAACCCUUAUUUCGACGAAACCCUCGUCUUUCAGGUUUCAGCAAAAGAUAUGGGUGAUCACAUAUUAAAACUGACCGUGAUGGAUGGGGGAAGGUCCAAAAGAAACGCUGAAAUCGGCCAAGUGACGUUUCCACUCAAGGACCUCGAAAUAGGCGACGGUUCCGAGCAGCAGCUUUUCAAAAUGGACCUCGAAAAGGAGCCGCAGGAGAUUAAGUCCAACGUCGGGGAACUUCUUGUAUCCUUAUUGUACAACGAAAACCUCAAUAGGCUCACAGCCACGGUCAUAGAGGCUAGAAAACUAAAGUUUCAAGGCGAUAAGCAUGAAGCCUACGUUCGUCUCACCCUACACCAGCACUACAGGGCUGUGAAAGAAAAACGAACCAACAUCAGCAGACCUUCCAGGGAUGGCAACAUUUGCUUCGCCGAAGGUUUUAAUUUUAAGAUGGCUCCGUCCCAAGCCGACGUCAGCAGCUUAGCUUUCCACGUGUUUCAGGCAACACCUGGUUACGGUAGGGACAAACUUAUCGGGAAAGUGGUGUUGGGGUCCUAUAUGUUUACCAGAGGCAAGGCGCUGACCCAAUGGAACACGGCCGUUUCAAAUUCGAUGGAGCACACUCAGUGUUGGCAUAUAUUAUCCGAAUAAAAUUGGAUUUUUUAUAUAAGAACCCAAAUAUCUUUGGAUGCGCGUGAACUUUCUACGUUUGGAUAGCUGCUGAGAAUCAUCGGAAACAGAUUUUUUUCACUUGAAAAAAUUAAAAUAUUUAAAACGCGAAUACAUUAAUUAAAAUGUAAUUUUAAAUACUAUAGAUAGAUUUACUAUAGGUAAGGAUAAAAAUUACUUAUAGUAAAUCUAUCUACAGUUAUUUCAUGUACUCACGUUUUAAAUAUUUUAAUUUUCUCUCGUAUUAAGUAUUACUAAGUAUCGUGCGCGCUUUCACAGAUGGAACGUACUUUUGGGUCUAAUUAUAUCUUAAAUAAUAUUUUAAGAGCUAUGGCAGUCAAGAUGGGAUCAUUUAUUAUUAACUAGUAUUUUAAAAAAAAACUGUUAGAGUAGCUAAGGCCGGGAUUAUCCAGCUCUUUAUUAUUACUUCUUACUCGUAUUCGUAUCGCAAGUUCUUUAAAAACGACAUAGUUUUUCUUAAUUAAUUUUACGGAAAUAUAUAAACUUCGGAAUUCAUAACUUUCAAGCUUUAAGUAUAUUAUUUAAGACUAGUAUAUCAAGUAACAAGUUUUUUUAAUAUAUACACAAAUUACCCAAUGGUACCUAACCAUGAUUAAAGUACCGAAAACGUUCGAAUUAGCACGGGGCAAUCUUGAAUAAACUCGACGUUUUGAAGUGACAAAUUGCGCACGCCUGAUCAGUGAGGAAUUAGGUAUAUAUAAAAAGUUAUUUUGCGUCCUAGAAACAUAUACCGUAAAUAAGGUUUUGAAAAGUAAUUAAUGAAAAAAGAAAAAGUUGCAUUUAUUAAACACUGGAAAUAGCAGAUAAUAAUAACAGACUGCAAUAGACUCUUGGUUUUGGAUAACCGUGUUUAACAAAUAACGAAUACAUUUAAGAAGUUACAGAUUUAGAUUAUAAAAAAUUCGAAGGAUAAUCGCGUCCGAAAUGAGUUUAAUGUUAUAACAUAUAAAAUUAAGAAACACGUGGAUGUAUGUUUAUCAAACCAA